AUGUCUUCAUUUUUUUUAUUGGAUGCGGGGUUCCAGAACUAUGAUUGGGGAAAACCAGCCUCUGAGAGCUUUGUCGCAAAAAUGAAAGGACUUAGCUCAGAUGAUUCUGGUAAAAAUUAUGCUGAACUAUGGGUGGGCACCCACUCAAGCUGUCCGUCGCGACUCUCAGAGGGUUCCAAGCCCCUACUUGCCUCUUUUUUUGAGGAGGAUAAAAACCGGAAAAGGUACUUUUCUCCUGCACAUGAAGCCUCAAAAUUUCGUCGAACCGUUCCUUUUCUGCUUAAAAUUCUUUCUAUCAAAAAGACAUUGUCCAUCCAAGCUCACCCUAAUAAAGCUCUUGCAGAGAAGCUCUACGCGACUUCGCCAGAUAAAUAUAAGGAUCCCAACCACAAACCGGAGCUUAUAUGUGCUUUAACUCCUUUUGAGGCACUUUGUUGUUUCCGUCCACUGAAUGAAAUUGUUGCCUUUUUAAGGAGGAUCCCGUCUUUAGCUAAGAUGGUCUCUGCAGAGGAAGUGCUUAGCUCAUACUUAGAUAUUCCUCCAAUACUACCUGAGAAAAACAGCAAUGAGGAGAAAGGGAUUCUCAAGAGUUUGAUGAAAAAUCUCUACACUACUAAUGCGGAGGAUUGUGUGCGGGAGCUGCGAAUUCACCUCAAGCAUCUCAAGUCCUCCAAACCCCCCACGCAGUGUGUCGAGGAUGGUCUUUUUGUUCGCUUCUAUGAGCAAUACCCAGAUGACGUGGGUUGCUGGAUGGCGUACUUCCUCAAUUAUGUUCAGCUACAGCCGGGACAGGCGUUAUUUAUGUCGGACAGUGAGCCCCACGCGUAUAUCAGUGGUGAUGGAGUUGAGAUUAUGGCGUGCAGCGACAACGUCGUUCGUGGCGGAUUGACUCCAAAGUGGAAAGAUGUUAAACUAUUGAUCGAGAUGCUACGGUAUGAUACGACAGGACUUGAUUCAGCGAUGUAUCAGUGCCGCUCUGAAGAAGACCCCAACGGCUGGCAGGUGCAAAUAUACAAUCCACCUAGUCAGUUUCCAGACUUUUCACUCUAUCGCCUUCAAAAUUCAUCCAAUGAGCCCAGAGGAAAAGUACUCAUUAAAAUUCCAAGUAUCGGUCUUGGCUUUUGUCUGGAGGGCGAGGCAAUGAUUAACGGGUCAAAGGUAAAAGCUGGCGACUGUUUUGCUGUCUCAUACGGCGAUGUAACCUGUGAGGCUCUGAAUCGGAAAACACUUAUCUUUGUGAGUUCGACUAAUGAAUUGUCAAAAUUGUAAAGAAAAUCAUUUAUAUCAGCAAAUAGGUCAAAAAUCGGAAAAAAAUGUCUUCUCAAUAUAUUUACUCUUAUGCCCAUGAUCUAUAUAUAUCUAUUUAUAUCUUACGCAAAUGAAAAUCCUCUAUAUAAAAUAUACCUGAUUUUUUGAUAUAUAUAUUUUUACGGAUUCUUUUCUU